GGCUCUCGUGGGGCCGCCGCUCUUAAAAGAGUCGGGCUACGGCGGCCGGGUUGCCGGGCAGCGGGAAAAUUAGAGUUUCUAGAGUCUUUAUCAAGAUCUUCAUUUACACAGCUGUUAAGUCCAAGGCUACUGUGGUAAAGCCAUGAAUAAAACUGCAUCUAUGAUAUCAUCUGAUCUGCUCGAAAAGGAUCCUGCCUUCCAAAUGAUUACAAUUACCAAGGAAACUGGCCUUGGUCUGAAGAUACUUGGAGGAAUUAACCGGAAUGAAGGUCCCUUUGUAUAUAUUCAAGAAAUAAUUCCUGGAGGAGACUGUCAUAAGGAUGGACGUUUGAAGCCAGGAGAUCAACUUGUCUCUAUAAAUAAAGAAUCAAUGGUUGGUGUAUCAUUUGAAGAAGCCAAGAGCAUAAUUACCAGAGCCAAGUUGAGGUCAGAAUCUGCUUGGGAGAUAGCAUUCAUAAGACAAGACUCUGGCAGCAGUCAUCUAGAGACUCCACCAUAUACGUCUCUUUUACAAACUGCAGGAGAAUAUGGAUCUCAAAAUUUAACAUUGAAUCUUAUUUCUUCUCCCCCUGAAAACCUGAUUCCAAAGACCUCAUCCACUCCCAAAGCUACUGAUGUCAUUUUACCUACCCUUAAGAUUAAUCAGAAAACAGAACAGAUUCCAAAUACUUCUUUGGACAACAGCCCUACUGAUAUGUGUAAUACAGAUGUUGCCCUUGCCAAGACUGAUAAUUAUGGACACCAAGGAAAGAAGAUUUUCCUAAAUCCAUCUGUUCGCCUUAAGGCAGAAAAGCUAGAAAUGGCUCUUAAUUAUCUUGGUAUACAGCCCACAAAAGAACAACACCAAGCCCUGAAACAGCAAGUCCAAGUAGAUGCAAAAGGGACAGUAUCUUUUGGAGAUUUUGUCCAGGUUGCCAAAAACUUAUUUUGCUUGCAGUUGGAUGAAGUAAAUGUUGAUAUACAUGGCAUUUCUGGCAUAUUAGAUUCACAGUUUCUUCACUGUGAUUCCUCAGAAACAGAUGAAAUGGAAAGACUUAAGCAUGAAAGAAAUAAUGCCCUGGAAGAAGUAAAUAUACUUAAGGGGAAAUUAUUUGAAUCAGAAAAACGAAGGAAGCAGUUGACAGAAGAACUCCAGAUUGUGAAACAAGAAGCCAAAGCUGUAGUUGAAGAAACAAAAGCCCUUCGAAGUCGUCUUCAUCUUGCUGAAGCCGCACAGAGGCAGGCACACGGUAUGGAAAUGGACUACGAAGAAGUCAUCCGUCUGCUAGAGGCCGAGAAUACAGAGCUAAAGGCUCAGCUUGCUGAUUAUUCUGACCAAAAUAAAGAAAAUGUUCAGGAAUUAAGAAAGAGAAUCACAGUACUUGACUGCCAGUUGAGAAAAUCAGAAAUGGCCCGAAAAACUUUUGAGGCAUCUACUGAAAAACUGCUUCAUUUUGUAGAGGCUAUUCAGGAAUUAUUUUCUCAUCAUCCUGCUUCUUUAUCAAAUUUAAGUGACAGAAGAGCUGUGUUAGCUUCACAGACUUGCCUCACACCGCUGGGAAAGAAUGGACGUAAUAUUAUAGCAAAUCUCGCGCUUGAAUCUAAGGAACUUGUUAAAUCUGUUCGUGCCAUACUGGAUAUGGAUUGUCUACCUUACGGGUGGGAGGAAGCUUACACAGCAGAUGGAAUCAAGUACUUCAUCAAUCACGUAACCCAGACCACAUCCUGGCUCCACCCCGUCAUGAGCGCACUGAACCUGGCCUGCUCCGAGGAGAAUGAAGAGGAUUGCUUGGGAGAACUUCCGGACCACAAGAGUUAAUGGCUUUCUGGAAGAAUCUGAGCUCUACCAUCUACCAUCUCCAGCCCUGUGGACAACUCUCGGACUGAACAGUCCAAAAUAGGAGUCAGACAACCAAAGUUGUGAAAAGAAAUCUCUGGAACAGGCUAUUUUUAUAAAACAUUCUCUUUUAACUGUGUAUAUUUGCAAUAUCCAUUGCCACUCCAGUCAUUAAUACUCUAGCACACAUUUUUGAAAUUCUCUGUAAUGAGAUUUUAUAGUCUGUACACUUUUUCAUUUAUACUCUGUAAUUUUAUAUGUAGUUCUUUAUAUAGUGUCAGAUAUAAUGAUUUUUAUAAUUAUGCCUUAUACUGGAAAAUUCCUUGAACAUAAUGGUACUCUUCUUUUACUUGAUAUUACGCUAACCUUUGAUAUUCACAUCGUUGGUAAGGAAUUUGAGAGAGCGUUUUGGAUUCUCUUUA